AGUUAUGUUUGUGUAGUUUUAUUAUCACUUUGAGAACACACAGAUGGACAUCAUCACAGGGCAAGCUCUGUUCUUUUUCUUUUGCUUUAUCCUAUCAUGUUUCCUUAUCUUCACAACCGUAAGAUCCAGAAGGAGCUCUCAUGGAGCCGUAACGCUGCCUCCGGGACCUCCACGGUUACCCAUCAUCGGAAACAUGCACCUUGUCGGAAAGAACCCACACCGCUCAUUCGCCCACCUCUCGGAAACAUAUGGACCAGUCAUGAGUCUUAAGCUUGGAUGUUUAAACACAGUUGUCAUAGCUUCACCAAACGCUGCACGAGAGGUUCUACGAACACACGACCAAAUAUUGUCUGGCCGUUACUGGAAUGAAGCCGUGAGAUCCAUUGAUCAUCAUUAUUUUUCCGUCGCUUGGCUUCAUCCAUCGUCUCCUCUUUGGAGGCUGUUGAGGAAAAUAUCAGUUACUCAGCUGUUCUCACCCCAGAGUAUCGAAGCCACCCAAGCUCUACGGAUGAAGAAGGUGCAAGAACUUAUCAACUUCGUGAGUGAAUGCAGUGACAGAAAAGAAGCUGUGGAUAUUUCUCGUGCAUCCUUCGUCACAGCCCUCAAUAUCAUUUCAAAUAUUCUGUUUUCAGUCGACCUCGGAAACUACGACUCGAGGAGGUCCAGUGGCUUUCAGGAAAUGGUGAUUGGUGUCAUGGAAUCUAUAGGAAAUCCAGACUUUGCUAAUUAUUUCCCAUUUAUGAGAUUUCUUGACAUGCAAGGUAAUAGAAAGAAGGUGAAGGACUGCUCGGAGAGGUUGUUUAGGGUUUUCAGAGGGUUAUACGAUGCUCGGGUCAAGGGAAACUCGUUGCGGACGGACAAGAAAGAUGUUUCGAGCAGUGAUUUUUUGGAUGCGCUUAUUGAUCUCAACCAAGGAGAUGAAGCUGAAUUCGACCUUAAUCAGAUCGAACACCUUCUUCUCGACCUGUUUUCAGCCGGCACAGACACAAACUCUAGUACCCUGGAAUGGGCAAUGGCAGAACUACUCCAAAACCCAAAAGCAAUGAAAAAAGUUCAAGACGAGAUCGAUAGUGCGAUAUGCCAAAAUGGUGUCGUCCAAGAGUCGGAUAUCUCACAACUGCCGUAUUUACAAGCUGUGGUUAAAGAAACCUUCCGUCUCCAUCCAGCUGCUCCACUUCUCCUCCCGCGGAAAGCAGAAACAGAUGUGGAGAUUCUUGGGUUUCUUGUGCCUAAAGACACCCAGGUUUUGGUGAACGUGUGGGCUGUUGGACGAGACCCGAGUAGGUGGGAGAAUCCAAACAGGUUCCAACCAGAAAGGUUUUUGGGGAAAGAGACUGAUGUGAAAGGCAGAGAUUAUGAGCUUACACCGUUUGGAGCAGGACGGAGAAUCUGUCCCGGAUUGCCUUUGGCUGUGAAGAUAGUGCCUCUCAUGCUUGCUUCUCUUCUCUAUUCUUUUGAUUGGAAGCUUUCAAACGGCAUCAAUCCUGAGGACUUGGACAUGGACGAGAGCUUCGGCCUCACAUUGCAUAAGACCAAUGCGUUGCAUGCUGUGCCUGUCAAGAAACGAGUCAUUAGUUGAUCAUUGCUAAAGCUACAUUUGCUUUUGUUUAAUACUAAUAUAAUUACUUUCAGAAAUCUGGUUAUUAAUAGUCACUUUUGGUCUGUGUUUGA